AUGGCCGACAUACCGAACCCCCGUCGCAUCCUGGCCGUCGGCCUCGACACGACGACCGACUACCUCACCCGUGUACUCCGUGACCUCACCGGCUCCGUCCCCGAGCAGACGUCCACGACCCUAGCCGGCACGACGCACGACCUGCCCCUCUCGACAGCAUACUACACCACCACCGUACCGAUAUGGAUAGACCUCAUAUCCUCGCCGAAGGAAUGGGCAGAGUCUUUCCUGUCGUCCGAGGCCAAGGAGGUUCUAUCUGUCCUGGGGGGAUUGGUUGUCGUAUUUCCACUUCCGGCGGCGUCUGGCCCUGACGGUCAAGAGGAUCAAGAAGGAGAGGAAGAAGGAGAUGAUGAUGGGCAGCAGCAGCAGCAGGAGAGGAAGAAGCAGGAGCGACCAUCUCAUGCACAGAUAAAAGAUCUGAUCACGCACCUGGGAAAAAUCAUACGCGACGGGCUGGGUGGGUGGUCGUGGGACGGUGUCAGUCUGGCCGUCGGCGUGGGAGGCAGCUCUGAUCUGGCCGAGCAGUGGGAUGAUCUGUGUGGUGAGGCGGGGUUGGAGUUUGUCCAUGUCACGGGGGACAGCAGGGCGGGAGGGUGCAACGAGUUCGGGGAGAAAACUGGCAUCCCUCGCGUCAGAGAAGCUCUAGAAGCCAACGAUUGGGUCCAGAUUGACGACCUCGACGCCGCACUAUCCGAUGAAUUCGGCGAGUUUGACCACAACGACAAGGACAAGGACGAUGAGGACGAAGACGUGGACGCAGAGCUGGACCCGUCAAAGCUAGAGUUUGGAUUCGACCGGUCUGAUUUCGACGGUCUGCGGGAAGCUAUAUGGACAUCUGGCGUUGCGCAAAAGGAGGACGACGACGUUCAAGGCGAAGAAGAGAAGACGGGCGGCCCGACGGAUGGAGCGUCGACCGGCAGGGCAGAGCCCACGGACAAGCUCGACGACGACGACAUAAUCAAGGUAGAGAGCAUGAUGAGGAGGUUACAAGCCGUCAGGGAAGCAGGGGAGGGCAUGAGCGAGGCUCAGAGACGUCGCAUGGCCGCCAGGGCAGUGGGACAAGUUAUGAAGGAGUUGUAG